GAGUUCAGCUGCGACCCCCUGCCCGUCGACACACUAGGCAAGAAACUCCAGGUCAUGCCCGAGCCACUCUCAACCACCAUGUCCCAAACUGCCUUCCGUCCUGCUAACGAUUUUAUUGUUCAAUUUGAUGGUUCUUUAAUGGCGCCGAAGUUGCCUUUUGUUGGUCGUGAACGUCUUGUUACGUCUUCGGCACAAUCAACUGUGGAAUGUUCUAAAUUGAGGACCUUCGCACAGCCUGUUUUGUUUGCAAUUCCUUCGCAGCCUGUUGCUUUCGUCGACAGUUCUUGUGAUCCUCUGCCUGGUAAAGUACUCCAGGAUUCGUUUACACAAUCGUCGCCUUCUGUUUCUCUUUCAACGUCUGCAGCUCAGUCGUUAGGUCGCUCUGCAAAAACCGAGCCAGAGAUGUUGGAAAAAAGCGUGCUAAUUUGUCCGCCCCAAAUGCUCACUAAAUACAUACAAGCAAGUCUUUCUGACCUGAAACUAUACUCAACGGAGGUUCAGAGCACGUUGCUGUUCGAGCCAGUUAGCCAAAGUCAGUCGCUCUUUAAACAAAGGGAAAUUCAAGCCGACGCCGAUCCCCUCGCUAUUUCAAUUAGCCAAACGCCUUAUGUUGAAGAAGAAAGACCGUUUCCAAUUAUUGCUGCCCCUUCGACGUCAUCGGCGUUGAUUUAUAGCGCGCCUCCAGUUAGUGCGACCUUGACCGAAGAUAAGUCCUGCGAGCCGUUGACAAUGGAACCGACAUUUAACGCUAGUGUUCAAGCUGCGGAAACAGCACCAGAUGCUGCUCAUGUGAGUGUGCAACACGAGCCACAUGUUCGGAGCGUGCGAAUUCAAAAAGGAGUCGGCGCCUUUGAAGGCACGUUUAACAUCGGCAUUCAGCACUCCCCGCCAGAACCACUACGGACUCCACAAUCUCCGAGGCAAUUCAAAAUUGAAUGGGGAGUUCAGUGUAAACCAAUGUCCAUGGCUGGAAUCACACAAACCACGGUACAAAGUAAGGAAGGCCUUGUGGCCUUGUCCACAACUUACACAAUCAGCACCCAGACGGAGCCCGCACCGACACCCCCUGUCACUAAAAUCGAGGUGAUUCAUAGGCCACCAGAGAAACGCAAGGAAAGUGAGACUUUGUUCUCCUUUGUCAGAGAGACGACUACACGAGUGUCGAAGGAACGCAGGGCCAAAUCACAGGGUCUCAUUCCGUACAAGACUCAGGUGACACCGCAACUGAAGGAGAUUUCCGCUAGUGUGCCAUCUAUGCUGCAUGUAGAUCCCAGGGAGACCAUUCCUACCGCUACUACGGAGCAGUACUCCUACCAGCAACAACGAUCCACCUCCAUAAAUAUCCCAAGGCGCUACGCUAGUAGACUGCGGUCUCCCUCGACAAGCGGGAUGACUUACGACAGACGGAACCGCUCGAUGGAGACGGUUUUGGAACAAUUCCCGAUGAGACGCAUUUCCGGUGAAAUGCCGCGACACAGUGAAAGCGAUCUCUACUCUGAGAAUGUCUACGUGAGGGAUGUACUGAGAUCCCGACAGAUGAAACUUGAACGCCGCACCCAAGAGCACCUUCGGCGAUGCGUGCAAGACGUCGGAUUCGAGAAAGUUUCCUCGAUGUUGCGCCAGAUGCGAGAGGAGAUUGAAGAAGAGGAUGCCAUCUACGAGGAGAUUCAAGGCGGGUUCUUCAAGCCCUACUUCGUGGCGAGCAGGCGGUACAUCGACGCUACCACACAAUACGCUGCUCCUCGAUAUGCCUACCACUAUGGCUCCAAUUUAAUUGACGCUGGCAUUCAGGAAGGGGUCUCGCAUGUCCAUUGGGUACCGCUUUUGCCUGGACAGUUAGUCCAUAUCGAGAGCGAUGAGAGUACGGAAUUGGAUGACAUCUACGAGUGGGAUCUAGACCAGUCCUCGUGGCGACCCAGGCGUAAUAUCUUCCGGUGGAUAGCCAGAACAAACUUCGAUUUUGGAGCGCAAACCGACGUAACACCAGCCGAAGAACACCAUUAUAUCGAUCGGCUGCUCAAAAGCCGGGCGCUUAGUGCCUACACUAGCGACUUCGAGAUGCAACAAGCAGGACUGAAACUGAACUACCCGGAGAGUGGAUCUGUGAGUGUCGUGUCGUGGAAACCGUGCCAUCAGGCAGGGGAAGACCACCUGGACGUGGACACUAUCGGCCGGCUGUUGAGAGUAUCGCUGGUCGGCGCUCGAGUGCCCAGUACCGGUGAGGUAAUCACUGCUGCUGACGCGUUUUACCGCGGAAUCCUUCGAGUUGUCUAUGUGGACGACAGUCGCGGCACCAUCAUGCCCCUGCCGACGGCAAUAACGGCAAAUGCCGUGAUUGUUGAAAAGUUGUAUCCUGGAGGCGUCGGUAUCGCUUUGCAUAGUACGUCACACAGGUACCCCGUGGAAUGUCAGGAAUUAUGGAACACAUCGACGCUUCGAAGAAGAACCUACAAGGUCAACUACAUUCAGAAGUCGGACAACGAGCGGGUUGACGUUUCCACUGCUCUUGAAGAGGGUCUGAUCGACUUUACAAGCGGCGAGUUGGUUAAAUUGGUGGAUCCAUCGGAGGCUUCUCUCCGUCCUGAUCCACUGUUGGAAUCUAGGGAAUCCAGUCUUGGCACCGGUGAGGCCAUCCAAAUGCAAUCUUACCUGCAACGGUACAGCGUGCGCGAAGCCAUCAUCAACGACAUUCUCGACGUGGAGCUCUUGGCUCCAGAAACAGUGAUUUUGCCAGCUGCUGCCUUGGAACCAGAGAGCUUCAGCGACCGUGAUGACGGCAUGUCAACCCUCCUCUCGAAUCCCGACUCCGACGCACAGUCCGACAUGGAAGUGUGA